AUGCAAGAAACCUACACGUUACGCUUCAGGUUGGUCUCUCAGGCAUCCGUGGAUAAUCAGUAUCCACAUCGAACGAUCCAGCGAAUGCACUUGCACCUGUCCCCAAGAGCUCCCUCGGUGCUUUGGGAAAAUCCGGUGCUGACCCUUCGGCUCCUUUACUUUAAUGCCAUGCUGCAGCCCUACAAGCCUUUGGAUACGUCUUGGCAAGCAAGCGUGAUCAUAGAUUUGCCUCAUCACCAGUUUUGUUCCACACUAAUCCUUUGCCCUGUGGCUGACGCAGUAAAACGAAACUAUGUCUACCGCCAAGGUGUCGCCGACGCUGGAUUUACGAACGGGGAGAUUGACCUAAGGCGGAGGAACAUCGAAGUAUCAGGGGACACGACCAAGAAAGUGCCUGUUUCUUGGCAGCACGCUGUAAUGCUCCCAGUAGGAGAUCCAAUUAUUGGUUAA